CCGGCCCCGCCUCCUCUCGCGGUUCUUGGCGCGGAGGAAGGUAGAUCCGGGCCUGUUUGUUGCCGGCCGGCUACUUGGUCGGCUCUGUCGCUGAGGGGGACUAUGGCUCAGCGGGGCGCAACGCAGCGAGCCCUGGGACGGCCGAUGGAGACGGAGGCAAAGAGGCUACAGGAGGCAGAGGCUGCCUUGGAACAGCAUCAGCAGUUGAUUGCAGGAAAAGCACAUAAAGAAGGUGGAUCUGCACGAAUGUCGCUCCUCAUCUUAGUGUCCAUCUUCUUAAUAGCUGCUUCUGUUAUGUUGAUGGUAUAUAAAAACUUUCCCCAGCUUAGUGAAGAGGAGAGAGAAUGUAUAAAAAUUCCUAGAGACAUGGAUGAUGCUAAAGCCUUAGGAAAAGUACUCUCUAAGUACAAGGAUACUUUCUAUGUUCAAGUAUUAGUGGCCUAUUUUGCUACCUAUGUCUUUCUGCAAACAUUUGCUAUUCCUGGAUCAAUAUUUUUGAGUAUACUUUCAGGAUUUCUUUAUCCCUUUCCAUUAGCUCUAUUUCUUGUUUGUUUGUGCUCUGGACUUGGAGCUUCUUUUUGUUAUAUGCUGUCCUAUUUAGUUGGAAGACCAGUUGUAUAUAGAUAUUUAACAGAGAAAGCAGUGAAAUGGUCAAAACAGGUUGAACGACACAGAGAACAUCUCAUUAACUACAUAAUAUUUUUGAGAAUCACUCCUUUCCUUCCUAAUUGGUUUAUCAAUAUAACUUCUCCUGUAAUAAAUGUGCCAUUAAAAGUAUUUUUCAUCGGUACUUUUCUUGGUGUUGCACCACCAUCUUUUGUAGCAAUUAAAGCUGGAACAACACUUUAUCAGCUUACCACAGCAGGUGAAGCCGUUUCCUGGAACUCAGUCUUUAUUCUUAUGAUUCUAGCAAUUCUGUCCAUUCUGCCAGCUGUUUUCCAGAAUAAACUUAAACAAAAGUUUGAAUAAGGAUAAACCUGGAUCUUCCCUUUCCAUUUCAUCUCAGGAUCCAUAGUACUUUUCUGAUCCCUUUUCUAAUAGAUGUUAAGUAAUUUAGAAAGAGGAAAAUGAAGAGAAACAGAAGUUUUUAGAUCUUUUGUUCAGUUAUACUAUAUUUAUGGGGGGGAGGCAAAAUAACUAUAGCUGGAAUAAAAUUUUAAGGUGAACCAUUCCUUUUGAAGAAUUCUGAGGCAGUCAAUUUUAAUUUGUAAUAUUUAAUCUGAAUCUAUGCCUUAUCUGAUAUUUUUUGUUUUUGUUUAUCUGAUAUUUUCUUGAUCAUUUAAUGUGAAUAAUUUGUUUUUCCCAUCUUUUCCCUGUCACUGAAUAAUCCUAAGGAAUAGCAAAUUGCACAAUGGAUUCUAUAACCCAGUGGAGUAAAAAGACUGCAUAGUUUCUUUAUGCAUAAACUCUUUGUUGAAAACAUGAUCAGGUGGCUUGACCAGUGUUUCAGAAGUUUCUGAGUCCUUGUUUUUUGCUCAUUUUGUAAAAGAUUGAGUGAUUUAAAUGUGGGGUAUUGUUUGUUUUCUUGAAAUGGGAGCUAAUUUAUCAUGGCACAUAAAAUGCUACUUUUAAUAUUCUUACCUUGUUUGCGAUCAUUUCAGUUAUUUGAAUGGCUAAUAUUUUAUUACACUGUCAUUAUUUGUCAAAAAACAGCAGUUAUCAGAAUACAUUUUAUAGGAGCAUAUUGAAAUGUAGGAAUUACUUUUUAUUUUGCAAUAAUUUUGGGGGGAAAUAUUUAUUAAAGAUAAGUAUGCAGUAUUUUUAAAACUUAUAAAUACAAUCUGGCUGAGUAGUAAUUAAAUGCAUUGCUUGAAUCUAAAA